AUUGGAGAAGAUUCGUUGUGGAAAUAUAACUUUUCAAUUUUCUAUAGUUUUAUAUAUGGGUUUGGUUGGAACGAUAGAGCGUACUGCCAUAUUAAGUUGGUGUCCAACCCAAAUAAGACAAGGAGACUUAUUUGUUGUAGCAAGCUAUGGUGGUUCUGUAGACCCUGGUUUUGACUCCGGUUCUUUUUUAGAACUCCAUUCCUUGGGUUCACAAAGCAACUCAAGAAAGGUUGCCGAGUAUACGUCACAAGGGGCUCUGCAAAAGUUGUGUUCGCUAAGUUGUGAAGAAAAGUUUUUGAAACUUUCAUGGGGUAGAAAACCCAAUAAUGAAGAGCUUGGUUUAGUUGCUGGAGGUUUCUCUAGUGGUGUUGUAAAGAUUUGGGAUGUGGACAAGUUGACUUCCAGAACUUCAAAUACUCCUUUAUUUUCAAGUGAUCGAAAGGAAACAAAGGCUAGCAAAGGUCCUAUUUCUGCCUUGGAGUUUAGUCCCUUUAUUAGCGGGUUAUUGGCAAGUAGUGGCUCUGAUUCGGAAUUUUAUAUUUGGGACUUGUCUUUGUCAAAGCCUAUGGAAGAGAGACAAGUAAAAGGAUAUUCUUUAGAUAGUUCAAACCUUUUUAGAGGUGCUACUGGAGCUUCUAAUGUGGCUAGUGCAGAGCUGACCACUUUAACUUGGAAUAAGGGUAACCAGAGAAUUUUGGCUACUGGUCACGUAUCGGGUUUGUGUGUUAUUUGGGAUCUUAGUCAGAAACGAUCCGUUGUUAGUUUUCGUGAUAGCGAUACCAAAAAGAGAAUAUCUUGUCUCUCGUGGAGUCCUGUUGUUCCAGUUCAAAUAGUUACAGGCUCAGACGAUGACAAAGGCUCCUCUUUAUUCAUAUGGGAUUUGAGAGCAACAAAAGUGCCCAUGAAAGACCUUAGUAUGCAUGCUCGCGGCAUAACAUCGGUUUCAUGGUGUUCUCAUGAUUCGAAUCUAAUCAUUUGCUGUACAAAGGAUGGCCGUUGCAUUAUUCUUCAUUCACAAACAGGAGAGUUGUUGGGAGAAGUACCUGCUGAAUCUGGUUGGAAUUUUGAUGUCCAAUGGUCAAACACUUUGCCAGGUUUGAUUUCUGUUUGUUCCUUGGAAAGCAAAGUUUCCAUUUGGAAUGUCGUGACAGGAUCGAAUGAUUCCACUAACAAUAUGCAGGCAACCUCAAGUGCCUUGAAAGAUUCAUUUGGAGAAGAAUUCGCUUCAGGAUUGCCUCCAGAAAUAGCUUUGAAUUCUCCACAUGACUCAAAAAGAUCGUUACCAAUAUUAGGAAAUUACGCACCUUCAUGGAUGAGACGACGUAGUAGUGCUUCGUUUGGUUUUGAUGGAAGUUUGCUUUAUUUCGGUGUUUCUGCUGCACAACCAUCACAAACGUCACCGAGCUUUGUAGAACUCCAACAGAUUCAUACCAAUCCUGACGUGUUGUCUACCAAUCAUCGUAUCCAAGAAAUGUUGAGUGAAGGAAGACUUCAGUCUUUUUGUAUGGAGAAAGUACGUGAAAGAUCGUCCAAAAAAGAUUGGCGUACAAGUUUUGGUUUGGAAGUAAAUUUGGAUAUAUGGGAAGCCAUUACACUUUGGUGUAGUUCGCAUCCUAGACAAGAGUUAUUAUCCCAUCUUCAAAAGUCAUCCACUUCGCCUGUCUUUGUAGAAGAGACUCCAGGUCGAAGGUUGAUUGGAUAUGCCAUGUGUCCAUCUAUUUGCUCAUUGUCCGAUAUUGUUCCAAAGCCAUUCUUAGACGCAUCCUAUAACGUGGCAAAAGGUCAAAUGAAUGACCCUGUUCAGCAGCAACCUUCCGGACCAGCUCCCUGGGAAUUAGAUAGGCAAGAUGAUGAGACGAAUAUUCAAAGUCCACAAGGAGAUAUCAUCUCUUCCCAAUUGAGUUCACUAGAUUUAGAAACCAAGUCAGCGCAAGAUGGAACUGGAAAGUCUUUAUCUGUCAAACUUGUUGAGUAUUUGUUGCAAGGCAGCCUUUCAAGUGCUGUCGAUGCAGCUUUUUCUGAUGACCGACCAGCCGAUGCUUUGAUUCUUGCUUCAGUCGGCGGUGUGGAGCUUUUUCGAAAUACCCGAAUCAAAUAUUUGGAAUAUCAAGACAAUGCUACUCUAGCGUUUAUUGUUGCAUGUGUAGAAGAACAAAAUGAGGCAGUGGAUAUAUUGAAGAGGAUUAACUUGUCGGAUUCGAAAUCGAUGUCUUCUCAUCAUUCAAUAUUGACAUGGCAGGAAGCUUUAUCUUUGAUAUUGAGUUAUGCACCUCCAGGUCCCAUCUUUCUAUCGUUAUGCAAUCAAUUGGGAAUUAAGUUACAAGACGAAAUUUGUAAUUCGAAAGGUGCGAAUCUGUGUUUCUUAUGUGCUGGGAAUAUGUCAAAGCUGUCCUAUUCUUGGGCCUGUGAAGCCAAACAAGUUCCUCAUCCACACCGCAGGUAUCGGAAUUGGAAGUGGUCGAAUAUCGAAGAGUUGUUAGAAUACAUACAACGUUUGAUGGUCCUCCGUGGUUGCAUUUCAAUGAGUGAAAGCGCGUCAUUAUAUAGCGAAGAAUUGAACACUAUUGAUGAGGAAGCAUCGAAGGCAUUUUGUGAUUAUGCAACGUUGCUUCUUGCUGAAGGGGAAUGUCAUUCAGCACUUUCCUAUUUAGCACCAUUAAAUCCUCAAACACAAGGUACCUUCGGUAUUGCAGGAGAAUUAUUGUAUCGCACAUAUUGGAAACUUGGACAAUCGAUUGCUAGUCAGUUGGGUUUCACAGAGGCGCCUCCACUUCCUUUCACUUUAGUAGAACCAAAAAGAACAUUUAUAGAAAACAAACAACAGACAAACAUUCCUCCUCCAUCAUCAUCAUCAAGAAACAACAUGAACUUGAAUACAGAGGAAUACAUGUCACAGUUUGGAAGGCCUCCUGUUUUGGAUAAUACAGCAUUGGCUUCUGAUGAGAGAAAUUUACAAGAGACGAGAAAUUUGUCAAAACCUUUUGAACCUUUGCCACAAAAUCAGUUUCCUUCUACCGUUCCACCUAUGACUGCUUCAUUUCAUUCAGUUAGUGGAAGAACAGUUCCACCACAAGCAUUUCAUUCCUUGAUCGGAUCAACUUCUGACACUGGUGGAUACGUUUCACAACCUUCUUUUUAUAAGGAAAGUGUAAAUGCUGCUCCUGGAAGUGUUCCACAGACAGACGUUUCCUCGAGAGUGAAUACAGCAGCCGCAUCUGGAUAUUCACAUUCUAUUGAAGCGCCGCCUUCUUAUCAAGAAUUGGCACAUCGUCAGGGCCAGAAUCAUCCAAAUAUUGCAACUUCUGGUGAAGCUACCAACCUCCCAAGGCCGCAUGUUGGAAACUACAAGUUCUUCGACCUUUCUGAUCAGAUGGCAGGAUCUCAAACAACUUACAAUCAACAACCUACAACAUUGACUGCUCCACCUCCACCAACCACAGCAACUAGAGCUUCUCUGGAAACUUCUCAUUCACUCAAUCAAUCAGUUGUUUCAGGAAAUUGGUUACCUGGAAAUCAAGGAACUUUUUCUCCUUCAACGGCAGUCACGUCAUCAUCAUUUUCUUCCUCAUCUUCUAUUCCUCCACCUCCGCCUUCAACUACAUUGAAUACAUCGAUGUUUGAUCAGUCUCAAGUUCAACCCCUAAAUGUUUCAACACAAAGGGGUACUAAGGGUAUGGAAACCAAUAGCCAUCUUCAAUCACCACAACCACCACCACCUACAAGAACACAACCUUUAUCUACUAAUCCAAAUAUGCAGAAUUGGUCUAUACCUCCCCAAUCAGUUCCUUCUGGCGAGACAGCUGGAACGCAUAGAAGUAUCCCGAGUCAAGCAAAUAAGUAUCCAGUUUCAGGAAACGCUAAUGUUCAAUUGCCGAAGGAAGUAGCAUCAUCCAUUAGGAGUCCAACCCAAACGGCAACUCACGAUAGAAGUGGUGUUGAACCAAAUGCAGCAUCCAUAUCACCGAUGCAGAGGCAACAAGUUGAGCAAACCACCAUUCCCAGUAUACCAAUGUCAGGGCCAUCAAGUAAUAGUUUUUCCAGUUAUCCAUCUCAAACAAGCAUUGCCAGUAAAUCUGCUACGAAUGCAUCUUUGCAACCCACGAUGACAGAAUCUCCUUCAGGAAAAGAUGGAAGAGUUCAGCCUACUUCAAUAGCUACAUUAACUGCUGCAGAUAUAUCUCUAGUUCCUUCCAAUUACAAACUAGUUGUUGAUACAUUGCGUGCAUUCUAUUCCCAUUGCCAAACUCUGAAUCAACAACCUAUAUAUAAAAGGAAACUGGAUGAUGUGAAUAGAAAAUUGGGUCAUCUUGUGACCAAAUUAAACAACGGUGAAGUAAAUGAAGAAAUAGGAAGCAAGCUGAUAGAACUUUGUAAAAUGCUUGGACAAGGCAACUAUGAUGGUGCUUCAAAGCUUCAAGUUGUAUUAACUCAACAACAUUGGGAAGGAAAUAGUUCAUGGAUCAUUGCAUUGAAACGAUUGAUAGAAGCUGGCAAAACAGGUAGUUAGAAUUGCUUGAAUGUAUGAGCAAUCUAUGUUUUUAACAAAGUUUGAAAAUGGAUGGAAAGUAAAUAAAAUGGCGCCAAAACUUGAAUGAAUCAUUUUUCUUUGGG